AUGGUAAGUUGUGGAGUCUACUGCAAUAAGCCUCAAGGCAGCAACUGCUGCUGCGACAGACAUGCAACCGAGGUGAACGAAAGCACAAAACCCAUAGAAUAUGAAGUGAGAAGUGACAAGAACAACAGAUCCGCAUGGUCAUCAAUAGAACAAAGAAGCAAAGAUCGAAAAUGGAGAAUGCUCACUGCUCAGUCGCUAACUCGCUGGAUGAACAAUGGUUGGAGCUUGUCGGAGAUAACAGUCGUUGAAUGGUUGGAGCUCGUCGGAGAGGAGGUUGAAUCUCGGUGUUUGGUGGAGGAGGAGAGGUCACAGUCAUUUGUUUGUGGAGGAGGGGAGCCCACAGUCGUUCGUUUGUGGAGGAGAGGUGAAAAUUUUUGA